AUGUUCUUUUUCAAAAGUAUAGGCCAUACAGUCAGCGUCACGGAGGAAGUUCUAAUCGCGCUUGUACAACAUCACAGGAGCCAUGUUGUCUUUUCUGUGCUCAAAGCAGUGCGUAAUCGGAAUAAUAUCACGGCAAGAGUACUCAAAGCUGCGACAAGGAAUGUGAACACCACGGUCAGCUACGUAACGGAAGCCCUACUUGAAUGGCGCAAAGAAGAACCCCAAGAUCUGCUUACAGAGGCUGUCCUCAUAGCAGCAUUCUUGAAACCAGGAGCUUUGAGAAGUGCUAUACUGGAGACCUUGCUGAACCUAUUUCAAGAUUUACCUAAGGAUCCAAUCACAGAAGCUGUGCUUAUAGCCGUAGCACAAAAUCAAGAGGCUGUAGGAGGCGGCGUACUGAGCACAUUACCGAACUGGUCAGAUGAGCUUCCGAGCAAGCUGAUAUCAAACCGGGAGCGAAUCCCCAUAGCAGAAAUGCGAAAUCUAGCAACUGUGCUGAGUGAUGAACCGGAGGCAUUACCGUACCUGUUCAAAUUACCACCUGACAUCCAGGUUACCGACGCUGUGCUCAUAGCUGUGAUACAGGAUAAAGAGGUCAUAGAGCGCGGCAUACUAAGGAAAUUGCUGAGAUGGCCUGACAAAGACAUAAAUGAUCUGGACGAGAACACCGUGCCUUACACGGUGGCUUUACUUGCGGCAUUUGCAACAAAUCCGAGAGCUGCGAACAAAAAUAUAAUGGAAGCCCUGCUGAGUCGGUCGACGAAUCACUCUAGGACAUUUGUCAAGCUUAUAGAAGCGGCGGAAACUGAGCAUACCAUUCUCGAACUUUUCACAAUCUUGUGGGAUUCGCACUACGAACUGGCUGCCACAGAAUCGGUACUUGCAGCUACGGUCAAUAAUUGUUUUUCGCGCGGCCAGCAUCUUUUUUGCGCCCUUGUGCAUUCACGCGGCGAUCAAGGAAAAUGUGAGCGCCUGAUGAUCGUAUGUUGCAGUAACUUCAACCAGUUCAACCUGAACACAUUGAUUGAAACCAUUCUGUUCAUACGUUAUCAAGGACACAUUCCGGCGACUAUAUGGGCAGCAGCAGCGGCGAAUCCGAAGUUUGGGGACGAGUAUGUUUCGAUUCUUGUAAGAAAUACUUUACGAAGUCGAAAGGAGUGCUGUAUUACAGAAGACAUUCUUGUAGCAGCGGCGUCGAAUGGUCACCGGGGAUACACAGUGCUCAGAUCGCUACUUCCAAGCAAUAAUAAGGCGAUCAAAUUUCCCGACGGUGUAGCCACACCACCAGUGUUAAAAGCCGCCGCAAGCAACCUUUCGGACGGACUCGCAGUCAUGCAACUCCUGUUAGAACACAAGGAAAACAAAGCUAUCAUCACAGUUCACGCAGAUAUGAUGUUAGCAGCAGCAUUACAGGGGAAUGCCAGCCUUCUGAGAUAUUUACUCUCGAUUGAUAAGAGAAAGGUCCAUAUGCCAGACGUUGUGAGCACAUCCGAAAUAUUGGAAGCAGUAGCGAAAAACGAUCGGUGGGACAAACGGACCCGAGAUGAGAUCAAGCGCUCUCUGUUGAAGUACGAUGGAAAGCAAGAUAUUACACACGAAGCAGAAGAAGGCACGCUUUCCGGAACCAAGAAAAAACAAACGCGCUUUGCUAGUUUUCUCCGCGCAAAUUCGCCAUGGUAG